AUGGUUCUCACCGUCCGCAAGGUCCACCUCGAGGUGGCUGCCUUCUCGGCCGAGACCGCCCUCAAGGCUCAGACCCUCGGAGCCUCCCGCAUCGAGCUCAACGCUCGCGGUUCGUAUGACGAAGGCGGCCUCACCCCCGCCCUCGAGGAGCUCAAGAAGCUUCGUGCCCACCCUCGCAAGCUCACGAUCCCGGUUCACGUUAUGAUCCGCCCCCGUGGUCCGCCUGGCGGAGGAAAGCCCGACUUCAUUUACUCGGCCAAGGAGCUCGCCGAGAUGAUCAUUUCCAUCUGCAAGUUCAAGAGCAGCGGCCUCAUGAGCGCCGCCGAUGGCGACCGUUUUGUCUUUGGCGCCAUUCAAGAGUUCGACAACAUUGACCCUCAGAUGGACGGCGUUCGCCGCACCGAAGUCGACGAGACCAUCUGCAAGGCCCUCGUCGAGACUGCCAAGCCCUUCGGCAGCGUCUUUCACCGCGCUUUUGACCCCAUCGCUGCGACUCCCUACGCCGUUCGCCAGGCGGAGAAGCUCAUUGAUCUCGGAUUCCAGUGUCUUCUCACCGCGGGCGACCGCGUCGGCGGCUGUCUCUACCAGGACAACACCGAUAAGAUCGACAACAUCUGCCGUCGCGUUGGAGAAAAGCUCCAGAUCAUUGCUGGAGGUGGCGUUCGCAAGGGUGGUCUCAAGAAAGCGGCUGAGCAGCUCGCUGUUUACGAGGAAAACGCCCUCUGGUUCCACACCGCCAGCAUCCAGUACGGCCCCAAGGGAGAAGCCACUGAAGAGCUCGACACCACGGAGCUCAUCGCCAUGCUGAACAUCCUGGGCCGCCUUCAACGCAUCAACUCGUUCCCCGAGCGCGGCUCCGGCCUCUAUGGCGAGCUGGGCUUCUCGGCCCGCCUCGUCCUCUUCGAGGACUACCUCGCCGUCGUUCCCGUUUCCGAACAGGAGCAGAGCCUCGUCCCACGAUCCCCCUCCGUCAGCCUGUGCUCCAGCAUGGGCCGCGACAUUCCCCUUCAGCACCUGGGCCGCCACGGCCGCCGCGCCUAG